AUUCACUGGCAUUUCUUGUUUUCUAGUAGAAUGUUCAUGACUUGAUUGUUAUAAAUUCAUUACUUACACCACAGCUUACACAAUUAACGUAAAAUGACAAGUUUAUAAAUAGUUUAUCUCUCUUUGUGGUCAGAAACCUAUAUUAUAAAUUAGGGACAAUGGUGCUGUCGCGCUCAUUUGCGCCGAAGCCCUUAACCUAUACGAAGAUGUGUUUUCUCGUAAACUGCCUCAAAAGAUUUAAGAGUUCACAACAAUGGUUGAGUCGUCAAAAAUCUGAUCCUUACGUAGAAAAGGCAAAAAUCUAUAAUUACAGAUGUCGCAGUGCUUUCAAACUAUUAGAAAUGAACGACAAAACAAACAUACUGACUCCAGGCCUGACAGUUAUUGACCUUGGUGCAUCGCCAGGGUCAUGGACACAAGUUGCAGUUCAGAAAACAAACUCUGAUGGUGCUGACCCCACCCAACCUAAGGGGAGAGUUCUUGCUAUUGACAAGCUACAGAUAUUUCCAAUAGAGGGAGCAUCCAUUAUGAGUAAUAUGGAUUUUUCCACCAUUGAUGCUCAUGAUAAAGUAAUAGCAGCACUAGAUGGCACAAAAGUGGAUGUGGUGCUGUCUGACAUGGCGCCCAGUGCCACAGGAGUGAAGGAACUGGACAAAGACAGGAUUAUAGGCCUCUGUUACAUGGCCAUAAGAUUUGCAGCUCUAGUCAGCAAAGUGGAUGGUAACCUGCUAUUCAAAGUGUGGGAUGGGAAGGAAGUCCCUAUAUUAGAGAUGGAUUUACAAAGAUUCUAUAAAAAUAUUAAGAUUAUGAAGCCAAUGGCUAGUCGAUCUGAGUCUUCAGAAAAGUUCAUAUUAGCUCGAGGCUUCAGAGGCAUUCAGAGGCCACUGAGGAAUGGAAGAUGGGGAGAAUAAUUGAAGUACAUGUUCAGUACAUAAACUGAGCUAGUGCACAAUUCUAUGAAUGUUUUGAUGUGAGGAGUGAACAGAAUGACUUUGCAUAGAAAGUGAAGAAGUUAAUGUAUUGUUUUAAGAAGUCUUUGUGUCAACGAAGUAUUGUUAAUUGUAAAUACACCAUAAUAAUGUAGCAUAGAUGUAUGAGAACUAAGUCUUCCAAGUCAUGUUUAAGUGUAAAUCUUAUCAACUCAUAGUACAGUAAUUAGCAUCAUUGUUUAGAUAAAUAUUUGUUUUAUAUUUGAGUAUAAUCUAUGAUAUGUUUUGUUAGUAUUGUAUAUGGUUACAUGAUUAAAAAAGAAACAACCACUUAAAAGAUUAA